AUGGCGUUCGCACGCAAAAUGCACCAGGACCUUCUUAAAGAAAUCGAGGCACAAAAACGUCAAGAAGAUGACAUCGCAGCUAAGGUCGUUCCCCACAAUCUGCCCGAAGAUUUCCUCGAUGGUCCAGCGCCCAACAUAACCAGGUCUGAUAUCGACUUCACAAAAGCCGGGUUACCAGAGUACGACGGUCACUGGGCGGUUGUACUUGACGGCGCUCUUACUCAAGAAGAAUGCGAUCAGCUUCUCGGGGCAGUCGAAACAACCAGCAGCGGCAAAUGGGAAAGAGCAAUGGUGAAUAUUGGGGGCGGUAUGCAGGCUAUGUAUGAAGAUACGAGAAAGUGCGGGCGCAUCAUCUUGGACGAUCGAGACGUAGCAGCAAAGAUCUUGGCCAGGGUGAAAGACUCUGUGCCAGAGAUCCAUCGUCUGCAGGAUUGGGGUGUAGUUAUGGGUAGUGGCCCUUUGAGGCGAAAUGAGACGUGGAAGAUGACCAGGCUGAACGAGCGCAUGCGGUUCCUAAAAUACGAGGGUGGAGAGUAUUUCAAACCGCAUGGCGACGGCGCGUAUGAGACGCCUGACCGCACAGAGCGCUCGUACUUCACUCUGCAUCUGUAUCUCAACAAUGCUGAGAGUGACGACGGCCAGCUGUUGCUGAAAGGCGGUGCGACCACGUUCCAUUCCUGGAACCUGGAGAAACGUAUAGACGUUGUCCCAAAAAGCGGCCGUGUGUUACUUUUCCAGCAGCGGGAUCUCCUCCACUCUGGAGAAGACGUCGAGUUUGGUCUGAAGCUGACCAUGAGGUCCGACGUAAUGUACACGAUAGAGAAGGAGGAGACAGCGUAG